UUGUUUGCUCCUUAUGAUCCAGGACUUCAAGAUGACAGGAAAAGAGUUUCUUGAACUCGGUUCUCUACAGCAAAGUCUGCACUUGGAAAAAUUAAAGCGGAUGGAAAUCAUGCUAAAGUUGUUUAAUGAGCUUCCCAAAAAAGAUCAGAACCUUUUUAAUCAUGGGUCAUACUUCCUUGCAGGAAAUUCAAGCUUAUGUGGCUUAGCAGCAAAUAAUUUCUUCAGGCGCACCCUAAAUAUCACAAAGGCUCCCUUUAUAUCUGCUUUGCCAAUGGCUGUUAUACCGUUUCUGUCAACAACAGCAGUUUAUGAAGUUUUUUUGCGUCAGCCUUUAUUUUUAGGUGACCUAAACUGUGAAAUCUGUGCUGUGGUCAGAGGAGGAUUAAUAGGGGCUGUUGUGGGUGGUGUCUAUCCUUUUCUUUUGGCUCUUCCUGUGAAUGCAAGCCUUGCAGCCAGGUAUGUCUUAUUAACUUGCAGUGAGUGAAAUUGAUUUAUUUUGUCGAAUCUUGGUUUGCAGUUUCAAUCCUGCAGAUUUUCAUCCUGUGCACACCUCUCUUCUUGUAGAUACUUAGUACAUGGAAGAGGAUUUGUAUUAAAUUAACUCGUCUAAUUACAGAGCAAAGUUCACAAAAGCUACGCUAACAAUCAAACCUCCAAAGCGAAACUCAAUCUGCAAACUGAGACAUACUGUAAAGCGUGUGAGAUUAGCUGGAACCUUACAACCUAGUCAUGAUGCACAUGGCUGUGUUAAAUUGUAGCUACCACCCUUGAAAGCGAGAAAGAUUGUUGCUUAGUGCUGUUUGGCUGGAGAGCUGAGAAACACUCCAGCUUCAGAGCAGCACCCAGCACCCAAACUCUAUGGAAAGUGUAAUUUUGCAGAUCUGGUCAGGGCAUAGGGAGGGAAGGUUAGAGCUGCUGUCCCAGUAAGUGAUCGGCUGCAUUGCAGGAGAUACUUUGUAGAAUUUAUCUAGAGAGGGAAUUGGAAACAUCCAUGCAGUCUUACAGUUAAAACCAAGUAUAAAACAGUAUUUAGAGUCAUGUAGCAUUCUUGCAGGCAUAUUUACAGUGAAACAGUGACAUAUUUACAAAUGUAUGGCUGUUAUUUUUGGCUCAGUAUCUGAAGGGCUAGUCACAACUUCCUGUAAAAUAAACUUAUUUGUCCAACAGACAAAUUAUUUAAUAUCUUUUAAAUAGCAGAUUGCCCAUAAAGCAGAAAUAUGUAUCUUUGAACCAGGAGAGCAUUUCCUAGUAAACAGAAUGGUGACCCAGCUAUACUAACCACACCUCUGUGGCUCCAGACAAAUAUCUCCACUUCUGUCAUCCCACUUCCCGAAUAAGUUUUCUCUGAAGUAUUCGAAGGAUUAGCUUGUGAGGUACUUCAUCAGUGUAAUAGUUCUGUGUUAUGGAGAAUAAGAACUGAUGUAAGUUCAGGUUGUCUUUCCAAAGUGCUGAAACAGUAAUGGAUCUCAGUACCACCAGCUAAAUUUAAGUUGGGAGAAGGAGAGUGAAUAUCUACUUAAUCAUUUCUGAUGACUUUAAUUUUAAAUACUAAUGUUUAAGUUGGAUAAAAACAGUAAGUUCUUAUCAUUGUUUAUGUUGUUUAGGUAUUAAAGCUCCCUUGCCAGGGAAGGAGAAUCUGUUGCGCUUCUGGCACAGAGCUGCUCAACCUGUCUUUAAAAAGAUGAGUUUUGGUAUACUUGUACAGCUUCUAACUGGAAUUUACCUUGCCACUAAACAUCAUGGAAUAUAUGUCCAAAUGCUGCAGCAGGUAAAACCUAGCAGGGAUCCUGAAACGUUGGAAGCCUGAAGUUGAACAAAAAACCUCCCCGUUGCCUUGAAUCAGUAAUCAUAAUAAACAAAGAAAGAAGUU